UUGUGAUAAGUGUAAUGACGUUAUCAACAAACCAAAACUUGAACAACACUUAUUUCGAUGUCCAAACGCCCAAUUUACCUGCCUCGAUUGUCAUAAAACUUUUGAAAAUGGAGCGUAUAAAGCUCAUACUAGUUGCAUUAGUGAAGCAGAGAAAUAUCAAAAAGGAAUGAAUAAUAAAAAUAAAAAAAAGAAUGAAAAAGCGGAAAAACUUGAUAAAUCAGAAAUACUUGGUAAAAAAUCAGAUAAAAAAGAUGGAAAUAAUCAAUCGCCCGAAAAAUCAAAAAAGAAAGAUCUUGGAAAUUCGCCUCAAUCACCCAAAAAAAAAGAUCUUGACAAUUCACAUCAAUCACUCGAAAAAUCAAAAAAGAAAGAUCUUGGUAAUCCUCCUCAGCCACCUGAAAAGCCAAAGAAAGAUGCUGGUAGUGACAAAUCACCUGAAAGGUCGUCAAAGAGUAAAGAUGCUGGCAAUGUUAAAUCACCUGAAAAGUCAAAGGGUAAAGAUCCCGGUAAUGUUAAAUCACCUGAAAAGUCAAAGAGUAAAGAUCCCAGUAGUCCUCAAUCUCCAGACAAGUUGAAAAUGAAAGGUUUUGGAAAUGAUCAAUCAUUUGAAAAAUCGAAAUCACCAAAUAAGUUGAAAAAGAAAGAUCCUGGUAGUCCUCAAUCUCUUAGUAAAACCAAACAUGAUCAUGGCACUCAUCAAUCUUCUAAUAAAACUAAAAAUUAUCCCGAUAGUCCUCAAUCCCCCAAUAAAAUCAAACAAGAUCUCGGUAGUCCUAAAUCCCCCAAUAAAACCAAAUAUGAUUCCAAUUCUCAACAAUCAAAAAUUGGUAAAGAAAAGCAGUCAUCUGAUAAAACAACACAAGAAGUUAAAAAUGUUGAUGAAACAGAAUCCAUGGAGAUAGAUGACGCAAAGUCAUUAAAAGAAUCAUCAAACGAUGAAUCACUGAAAAUAAAAAAUGAUAAACAAGGUUCUUCAACACCUAACGAACAAAAUAAACCUCAAGAUAAUAGCAAUAAUGCUUCUACUAAAAGUGUCGUCGAGUCUAAAAAACGUAAAUCAAUCGAAGGAAUAUCCGUUGAAUCUAAUCAAAUAGAUUCAGAUUUUAAUAAUGUUAAUAAAGAGACUUUAGAUUUCAAAAGCGAAAUAUCUCAAGUAAUUAAGAAAAUUUUUAGAGCUGACCAAAGCCAAGAAUUAUCUCUUCAAAAAUUGGAACAAGAAGUAAUCAACAAUUUCGUUGCUGAUCCAAGAAAUACAGCAAAUAAAGAUGAAUUAAAAGAACAAUUUCAUGAGAAUUUGGUCUUUAUGAUGAAAGACGGAAACAUAUUAUUAAAAUAA